CUCGACGGCGACCUGAGCCGGCACCUGAAGCCGCACCAGGAGCGGGGCGUGCGCUUCAUGUGGGAGCGGUGCGUCGGGCCGGCGGAGGAGGGCGACGCGCGGGGCUGCGUCCUCGCGGACCACAUGGGCCUCGGGAAGACGCUCCAGCUCAUCUGCGUGCUCAAGAGCUGGCUCGGCGGCGGCCCGCCGCGGCGCACGGCCCUCGUCAUCGCCCCGGCCUUUGUUUUAUCGAACUGGCUCGGCGAGAUCGAGCGCUGGCUGCCCCGGGACCGCGCGCUGCGGCCGCGGACGCUGCCCGCGGCGGGCGGCGCGGCGGCGCGCCUCGCGGCCGUCGCCGCGUGGCAGCGCGAGGGCGGCGCGCUCCUCGUGGGCUACGAGAUGUUCCGCAUGCUCGCGGGGGGCGCCGGCGCCAGGGCCGAGUUCGUCGCCGCGCUCUGCGACCCGGGGCCCGGCCUGCUCGUGCUCGACGAGGCGCACCGACUGAAGGAGCCGCGGAGCCAGCUCUACAAGGCCAUGGGCCGCAUCCGCACGCGGCGGCGGGUGCUGGCCAGCGGCUACCCCGUGCAGAACCGCCUCGACGAGUACUGGGCCCUCGUGACCUUCGCGCGGCCCGCGGCGCUCGGGUCCUACGACCGGUUCCGCGCGUUCUUCGAGCGGCCCAUCGUCGACUACCUCGAGGGCGCGGCGGGCGACGCCGGCGCCGACGGCGACGGCAACCACGACGGCGCGACGGCGCUGCGCCGCGCCUACGUCCUCCAGCGCGAGCUCGAGGACGUCGUGCUCCGGCGAGGCACGGACGAGCUCGGCGACGACCUGCCGCCGCGGACGGACUGGGUCGUCGAGUGCGCGUUGAGCCCCGUGCAGCGGGCGCUCUACGACGCCUUCGAGCAGAGCGCGGGGCUGUUCACGGCCGAGGCGGACGCG